CUUGCUCGCAACAAGAUAGAUACCAGAUCCUGGCUUCGGUAACUUUCGGUAACACGUGGAGGGGAAGCGCAAGACAGCUGGAAGUAUACGAUACGUAGCUCUGUGCGCAUCCCCUCUACGUGUUACCAGUUAUUGCAUGCCAGGAACUGGUAUGAUAUUGCAUGUAGCGUCAAUUUGAUUGCUUCCUCAGUGCAUAAGAAGAAAAAGAUGCAACUAUAGAUCAGAGUCCUCCAGCUAAAAUAGAAAGAAGGUGUGUAUGUCAGUUAUUCUGAUAUUUUUAAUUCAAGGACUGCUAAACAUUUCAACCAAGAUAAUAUCACUANUGAUAUGGACAAAGAAGAUAAAUAUGAUGAAUAUCUUACAGAAAAUGAACAAGAUGAACAAACAUCAUCAGCUUUGACUAGUAGUAAGAAAACAAGGAAGAUAUAUUUGCACAAAUAUAGAUCUGAAUGGGAAGAUCACAAUGAAUAUAAAAAAUGGAUUAAAAGAAGUCAUAAAGGUAAAAAUUACUUUCAUUGUAAAAUAUGUUCAGUAGAUUGCAUUGGUGGAUUGGGAGCAGUUAAAAAGCAUGCUGCAUCUAUGAAACAUAUAAAAAAAAUAAAUGCUAUUCAAAUACCUGUAACAAGCAUGCCAUUUAUUAAAAAAAUCAAUAUAUUAAGCACCAAAAUCAAAGAAGCCGAAUUGAAANUCGCAGCAUUUAUUGUAGAACAUAACAUUGCAUUUAAUUCUGCUGAACAUUUAAUCAAAUUAAUUAAAAGUAUUAGCUCCGAACCCGAAGUCAUAAAAAAUAUACAAUGCAAUAGAACUAAAUGUACUUCAAUAGUAANAAAUAUAAUAAGUCAAACAGCUUUUGAAGAAAUCAUUACUAAACUUAAAAUUCUUAAAUUUUCGUUAAUAGUAGAUGAAAGCACUGAUCAUAGCUGUAUANAAAAUUUAGCAAUAGUUGCAAGAUUUUCAGAAAAUUUUAAAAUAAAUGAUACAUUUGUAACUCUGUUACCUGUUACAGAUGGUUCUGCAGAAUCAUUACAUAGCAUUAUUAUAAAUUUUUUUGAUAAGUUUGAAAUACCAUUUAAAAAAAAUAUGAUAGGCUUUGGGGCUGACGGAGCUAAUGCAAUGAUGGGCGAGCAUCAUUCUUUAAAAACUAUGUUAACUAAUGAUAUACCUGGACUUUUUGUGUUAAAAUGUACCUGCCAUUCAUUAGCUUUAUGUGCAUCAUAUGCUUGCUUGAAAUUACCUAGAGGUCCUGAAGAUUUUGUACGGGAUGUACAUUCGUAUAUGAAAUAUAGUUUUAAAAGAACAUCUGAAUUUAGAGAAUUCCAACAGUUUGUAGAUGCAAAACCACAUAAACUACUAUUGCCAGCUCAAACUCGUUGGCUUUCUUUAAUAUCGGUAAUUAAAAGAGUCUUAGAGCAAUAUGAUGCAUUAAAACUGUAUUUUCAAUCUCAAUAUCUCAGUGAUAAAAUACAAGCAUCUGAAAAUAUUUAUAAGAAACUUCAAGAUCCUUCAAAUAAGCUUUAUUUAGAAUUUUUAGAAUUUAUUUUGCCAAUAUUUACUAAUAUGAAUAUGGAAUUUCAAGCAGAAGCACCUAAAAUUCAUUUAUUGUAUGACAAUAUAUCUUCGGCGUACAAAACAAUUCUUGAAUGUUACAUAAAAAAAGACGUAUUAGACUCUAAAGAUAUAAGUGAAAUCCAAUACAGAAAUCCACNCAACUUUGUUUUACUUGAAGAUUUAUAUUUAGGACCAAAAGUAAAUGGACAAUUUCAUAGAUCAAAUGUAAUAAUUACUGCUAAAGAAAAACAUGAUAUAAAACUAAGAUGCUUGGACUUCUAUAUCNAAAGUGCUCACCAAAUAUAUUUAAGAUUUCCAUUCAAUGCACCACAUAUACAGGCUCUAAAACAUUUAGCUUUCUUAAAUCCAAAAAAAAUAGAUUCGAUUAUUUCAAUAGGGUCUGUAGCAAUGUACUUUGAAAAACUAUUAUUAAACAUUGAUUUAAAUGAAUUAGAUAGAGAGUAUAGGCUCCUUCGUAAUACUAAUUUAAAUAAAAACAAAGAAAUGUUAGAAUUUUGGACGGAAGUAGGUAAUCUUAAAAGAGGAGAUAAUACUCCUGCUUUUCCUUUACUAACGCAAUUUGUGUUCGAUUUAUUAUGCUUACCACAUAGCAGUGCUUGCGUCGAAAGAAUAUUUAGUACUAUAAAUUUAAAUAGGACAAAAGUAAGAAAUCGAUUAAAUACCGAAACUUUGACAAGUAUUUUACAUACCAAAAAAUACAUAUGUGAUAAUGGUAGAGAUUGUUACAAUCUUACCAUUAANAACAAUUUAAUUACUAAAAUGUAAUAUGUUGUUCCUUUCAUAAGUCUAUAAUUUGUUUAUGUAGUAUUACGAUAGUAGUUUAACGAUUGUGAUAUACUUUUAAGAAGAUACGUAGUAAACAUCAUUUAACGGUGUUCAGUUAGUGUUUGCUAGAAUACUCAUUUUUAUACUUAUGUGUGC